AUGGUUCCUUUCUUCCAAAUUUCAAAAUUGACUUCCGAACAAUUGGAUAAAAAAAUCGCUCUUUAUGUUUGGGUUACUAACAUUAAUGAAAAAGGUAAUUCAUUGUGGUUUAUUACCGGCCAGGAUAGUAGCGGUUAUAUUCAAAUUGUAGUUAAAAAUAGAGAACUAAUUUCACGUCUAAAAAAAAGGAAAAAAGAAGAUAAUAAAUAUCGCUACCGCUAUUUGGAUUUACGCAAUCCUAGCAGCAAAAGGUUGUUGCUUAUUAAAAAUCAAUUUUGUUACGAGUUAAGAAAGUUUUUUCAUGAACGAGGUUUCGUGGACAUCGAAACCCCAAUUUUAUCUAACAAUUCCCCAGAAGGAGCUAAAUGUUUUGUAGUUCCCUCCAACCUAAAAAAUCGCUUUUAUACUUUGCCUCAGUCUGCUCAAAUAUUUAAGCAAUUAUUAAUGGUAAGCGGAUUCGAUAAAUAUUACCAAAUUGCCAAGAGUUUCCGUAAUGAGGAUGCUCGUAGUAAUCGUCAAAUAGAAUUUUCUCAAUUAGAGUUGGAGAUGAGUUUCAUUACUUCUCAGCAAAUCAGACUAUUGAUAGAAGAAAUGUUAAAAAUCGUUUUGAAAAAUGUUUUUGGUUUUCAGAUAAAAAUUCCCUUCCCUUUUUUAACUUAUCAAGAAACUAUAAAAAAAUAUGGAACAGACAAACCUGACUUGCAAACUAAAAAAUAUGAAGUCUUUCGCCAUCCUUUCACUACCCCGCAGGAAAAAUAUAUUAAGCCCUUAUUAAAUAAUGAAAUUAAACCAGAGGAAGUGAUUUGUGAGGCUUUUGAUUUAGUUCUGAACGGGGAAGAAAUACUAAGCGGUAGUAUUCGUAUUCACCAGGCUGAAUUACAGUCCAAAGUAUUGGAAAUACUGGGUUAUGGCAAAGAAGAGCAAAAAGAAAGUUUUGGUUAUUUUUUGCAGGCUUUAGAAUUUGCAGCACCUCCGCACGGCGGGAUUGGUUUGGGAAUUGAUCGCUUAUUGGCUAUAAUAUUAAACACUAGCAAUUUGAAAGAAUUAAUUGCCUUUCCUAAAAAUAUUGAUGGAACUUGUUCUUUGACCGGAACACCUAAUUUUCAAGUAAUUAUAAAUCAAACCCCAGAACCAGCAACUAACCUAGAAACCGAGCAAGAAAGUCAACCAAACCAAAAUUCAACCUCAACAAAUAGCGAAACCCUGUCUCCUCAACAGGAUAAAAAAGAAACCGAAAGUCAAGAACUAAACCAGCAAAGAGACAAAGUUGUUACUGAAAUCACCACUGCCCUCAACCAGGAACCUUCACUAACUAAUAACGAGUUAAACCGAAUACUAGCCGACAUCCAGGCUCGCCAGAAAGAUAAAGAAAAAACUCAAAAAGCAAAAACUAGUCUAAACAAAGCCCAAACUGGAACUGAGGAAGAGAAGAAACAAGCCUUAAAAGAUUUAGAAAACCAAGAAACCACAAAAACCUAUAACAAUACUCUAACCAAAAAGGAAAUUGAAUCUCGAGACCCCAACAAAAAAGUAGCGGUGGGGUAUAUUUCUCCUUCCCCCGAAACUAGUUAUUUUUUAAAUAAAGAAUGUAAAGAUGGAAUAAUUGACGUUAAGCAUCAGGUCAAGAAAUUCGAUUUUGGAAAGUUAAGCACUAGAUACAUGUUUAACGAUACUCAUUAUGAAACCGAUCGCUUAUCAAAAUAUUUAAAUUCACAUGCAAAAGUUUUAGAACAAAACAAAAAAAUUGAGGUUGUGGGACUUUUCACUAGCAAAUACUUAGAAGAUUACCCUAGAUCAUUUGGUCAAAAGGCAUCUCCUAUUAAAACAGCUAUUCCUAGCAAAUUAACAGAAAAGGGCGAAGUCGCUCCUGAUUCAAAAUGGGAUCAAAUAAUGAAAGCCUGCAAAGGAACUAUAAAAGUAGAAGAAGUUGCUUUAGGACAUAAAGACUUAAGAGAGCUUUUGCUAGCGACUGGUGAUGCGAAUUUAAUAGAAGAUCCUAAAAAAGAAUUUUAUUCUAGCCAAAAUCAAAUGGGCAAAAUACUAAUGGAGAUUAGGAAAGAGAUUAAAGAAGGUCGGUUACCACUAGACGUCAAAAAUGAAAUGACAGGUUCAAGAGAUUUAAGUAAACUUUUGCAUCCUAAAACAUAA